GAGAGACCAGGCGCCCAAGGUAAGCAAGCAGGAUGUUGGGCAUAAUUUCCGUUUCCGGUGGGCAAAGGUCAAGCGGAAUGUAAACACGGGACCUGGGGAGUGGUUAUCAGGUAACUGGGGUUACUCGGUGCGUGGUGAAAGCCGGAGGAAGAGAGGCAAACGAGGCGAGUGGGUCUGUGGUCGGGGGAGAAAGGAGCUUCAGAAGUCGGAGGUGAGACUCAACCACACUGUGGCAGAGUCGGGACACUAAGAAUGGCUUCCUUUGGAUGGAAAAGGAAAAUUGGCGAGAAGGUCUCAAAGGUCACUUCCCAGCAGUUUGAGGCUGAAGCUGCCGAUGAGAAGGAUGUCGUUGAGAAUGAUGAAGGGAGCUGGCUUCAUGCUAUUAAACGUAGGAAAGAAAUUCUCCUUGAAGGCUGUGCUGAGAAAAGUAAACAGCUGAAGGAUGAAGGAGCCAAUUUGGCUGAAAAUAAACGAUACCGAGAGGCGAUUCAGAAAUGGGAUGAAGCACUACAAUUAACUCCAAAUGACGCUACCCUGUAUGAGAUGAAAUCACAGGUCCUGAUGUCUCUUCAUGAGAUGUUCCCAGCAGUUCAUGCCGCAGAAAUGGCGGUCCAGAGAAAUCCACAUUCAUGGGAGUCUUGGCAAACUUUGGGACGAGCUCAGCUUGGAUUAGGAGAGAUAGUCUUGGCAAUUCGAAGUUUUCAAGUAGCUCUUCACAUCUACCCAAUGAACCCUGAAAUAUGGAAAGAAGACCUUUCUUGGGCAAGAACGCUUCAGGAGCAGCAGAAGGUAGCACAGAGGAUUAAACAAAGUGAAGCACCAGCGGAAGUGACCCAUUUCUCACCAAAGUCAAUUCCUGACUAUGACUUUGAAAGUGAUGAGAUUGUUGCUGUUUGUGCGGCUAUUGCUGAAAAACAGAAGACGGUUUCAGCAAAUAAAACAAUGGUUAUCGUGUCUGCUUCUGGGACUGUGGAGACUGUAACUGAGAAGGAAGAUGGUGCCACCCCCCCAGAUGGUUCUGUUUUUAUCAAAGCCCGAUGAAGAAUAGCAAGAAUUAUUGGAAUCUCUUUUUGAUUGCCAUUUUAAGUUGUAGGCAUAGGGACAUUUACUGGAGAAAAAGGGGAAAACUCCUGUUUGUGAAAUGUUUUUCAGAUGAGGCAUAUAAAAACUAAAUGGUAGAAUUAUUGUAUAGUGUUUGGACUAUGCUUUGAUAAGUUAUGAUUUAACCUUAAGAUUAGAAUUCUGAGUACAAUGGUUUUUGAUUAAUAAACUUAAUUUAAUCCAGAUAUAUAAGGAGUACAUUUUAAAGACACAACUUGAAAGUGAAUUCUUGAACAGUGAAUAACCUGAUGGCCAGUGUUAUAUUAAAAUGUUGACUUGUUGACUUUUGUUUUAUGAUAAAGCAAGUAGGUGACUUCUUUCCCUCCUAGAAAUAUACUGCUGUUACUAUUCUCUCUUCUGUUUUUCUUGUUUCAUUAGAGUAAGUCUGUCACAAAGCUUGAAUAUUUUUGAUGUUCAUUUUGAUUCAAACUUGUCAUUGGGUUACAAGUGAGAUCUUUGAAAGUUCAGCUGAAAAUGCAUGCAAAUGUGUACAUUCUGAACAUUUUCUGAAAUUUCUCUUAAUUCUGAUUUGUGCCUAUGUUUUGACUAUAAAAUUAUUAUAACAAUGAUAGUUGCCUCCUUCAGUAUUUGUUAGAUGAGUGUAGUACUGAUAAAUGUUAGAAUGAUGGUUUUAUUUUUUUAAUUGUUGAAGUAGAUAGAGUAGUCCUUACCCCAAGCAAGUAAUUUUUAAGAUGUGCGUUUUUUAAAUGAAUGGCUCUUAUAGAUGUCAUAAUAAAUUGUACUGCUAUGUUGUCCCAGUCAAAAGCAGUAUUUUCUUCUCCUGGUUUUUAAAAGCUUAAAAACCUUGAAAAUAACUUGUCUCUUGCUUAUAACUUUCCAGCUGAUGGUUUGGAAUUCCUUUUCUAGAUAACUUUUUUAGAACUACUCAGUGAAAUGAGAAAUAAUCACAAUUUUAAAUGGCUAAAUUAUAUCACUCUAAAAAUAAAAGUAGGGAUGUUAUUAGAGUACCAAUGAGUGAAUGACUUAGGCACAAUGUACAUGGAAACUGAAAUGUGAUUUAUGGUACAAUCCCAUGAGUAGAGAAGGAUAUGAUAUAUUGAAGAAAAUUGAAAGGCCUCAAUUACAUCCACAAAUCAGUACUGUCAUUGCUAAUGUGAAAUAUUAUUUUUAUACUACAUAUAUUGUAGAACAGGUAUAUAUAACUGCUUGGCACUGAUAUUUCUGACACUCAGGAAGCUAUUAUGGGCGUAAAAUUAAUUUUAUCCUUGUUAGAGAUGAAAGUAAGUUACUUUAUUUUAAGGAAUCUUACUUUAUUCUGUUGGAGCAUGUAAGUAAUGGUCUACAUUUUUCUGAGAUGAUUUUUAAAACUUUUAUUUUAGUGGAAUGCUUAUCUCUUUUUUUCAGAGUUGGAGAAGUCAGAACUUGCCUUGAAAAGUAUUAUAUUUUCCCCCAAAGUUAUAUCAGAAAGCUAGCUCUCGUUAGAGAGGUUAGUUUUAGAAUGAUCCAAAACAACAAAUAUUAAUUAUAUUUUAUUUUCUUUAAUAAGGAAGAUCCUCAAAGAGUAGAUGGUUGAGUAUCUAGAGAAGUGAGCAUUUACCACUUGGUGUGUUGUUUUGAGUAAUGUGUGUUUAUUGUGUAAUUUGUGAAUAAAUUUUUUUUCUGAAUUUUAAAUAUUU